AUGUCAAAUAACCAAAACUCAAUUAAUAAUAAUAUAGAUCAAUCAUAUAAUUCAAUUAAUUAUAAUAAUCAAAGUAAUUUAGAUUCAAAUUCAAAUUCAAAUUUAAAUACAAACACUAAUUCAAGUAUAAAUACUAAUUCGGAUCCAAAUCCAAAUAUAAAUACUCCGAUUCCAAAUCAAACUUUAAAUUUUCAAUCUGCUAAUCAAGAUUUGAGAAAUAUAAAUCAACAACAACAACAACAGCCAACACCAACGGUGAUUCAAACUCCACAAAACACGUUAAAUAUUUCUCCAAAUUCAAAUAUGUAUACUCAAGUUAUACCACCAAAUUAUUAUUCUUCAACUCCUCAAUUUAUGGAGUAUCCACAAUUUCAAUCUUUUAAUUUACAAAAUACUUAUAAUCAACCGCAAACUUUACCACCUCAAUUAAAUCAACAACAUUUACCUCAACAAUUACAUCAGUUACAACAUCCUCAAUACUAUUAUUUACAAGCUCAACCACAACCUCCGCAACAACCACAACCACAACCACAACCACAACCACAACAACAACCAAAUACUUAUGCAACUUCUGUAACUUCUCAUCAAUCUGCUCCAGAAUAUGGUCAACCUUCAUUCCCAAAGACCAACUCUUCAUUAAAUCAAAAUUAUUAUUUACAUCAUCAUCAAAACUCAAGAGCUUCUGUAUCAUCAAAUAAAUCCUCCCAUUCUUCAGGCUCUUCAAAUAAUAAUAAUAGUAAUAUAAGUGAUCAACAAAAUAUGAAUUAUUUAUAUCAACCUGCUUUACCACCGUUAAAUAAUAUACCUAACAACAACAAUAAUAAUCAAUAUCCACCACCAAUACAGCAGCAACCUGUAUCAAAUACAUCACCAUUAAAUUCAAUCUCAGUACCAGUAAACAAUGAUCAACAAUACAAUGAACCUCAACCAGGCUCAUCAUCAACCACAACAGAUCCUUCAAAAAAGAAUAGGAAAAGAAGACAUACAGCUACAGUACAUGAUAUGACACCACAAACAGCAGAAAGAAAUAGAUGUAGAAUCUGUAAUAAACAAUUCAAAAGACCAUCAAGUUUACAAACUCAUUAUUAUUCCCAUACUGGUGAAAAAAUUUUUAAAUGUCCUUGGAUAAAAUGUGGGAAAUUUUUUAGUGUUAAAUCAAAUAUGACAAGACAUUAUAAAUUACAUGAAAGAGAUUUUAAAAAAUUUCAAAAUAAUUCCAUUAGUUCGACUUCAAAUAUUGAAAACCCUCAACAACAACAACAAUUACCAACUUCUGGAACUCAACAAAUGGUUAUUGCAACUCCUGCUGGUAAUCAAUUAGAGAAUGCUAGUGGCCCAACUACAACCACCACAUAUAUAACUCAACAACCUCCAGUAAAUUAUCAAACUUUUCAAGUUCCGGUAGGUGGUGAUGCAAGAAAUGCAACUCAUCAACAAUUUUCAUAUCAAAAUAAGCCUUUGGUACAACAACAACCACAACAAUACCCACAACAAUACACUUAUAAUUCUACAGUUCCAAAUCCAACUACAACUCCAUAUCUUAAUCAGCCCACUUCUACAACAACUACUUCUACAAAUGCUCAACCAAUAACUUCAUCACAAUCAUCUGCAUCUUCUGAACCAAGACAAAUAAAUUAUUCUGAAAAUUACAGAACUUAG